AACCGAGAGAGAGAGAGAGAGAGAGUCUCAUUCUCAUUCUGUCUUUCCUUCCUAAUAUUCCAAAGUAUAAACACAUAAUUCCAGCCCUCUCUGUUGCCGGAGAUUCCAAUUUUGCGUCUUUUCAUUAGGGCUUUUGUCUUUAUUGCCUCUUCUCUUCUUAUUAUUACUUCAUAUCCAUCUUCAGAUAAUUCACCAAAUUAUAAAGGUACUCUUUUUUAUCCAUUUUUUCUCCUUCCUUAAGUAUUUUCUUAAUUAUUUGAACUUUCUGUAACUGAAAUCUGUGGUUGUAUUUGGGGAUUUUUUUUGUCUUUUCUUUUCUCUUCGUCGGGGUGAAAAUUGAUCGAUCGAUCGAAAUUCCAUGUUCGUUAUCAGAGCCCAGAAGCUGCUUUAGUACGAUGGAAUUCAAUCCGUUUCUUCUGAUCUGAGAUAUUCAACUCACUUUCUUUUCUCAAACUAUCGAAUUCUGCCUCAUUUGCCAAAUGGCGUCAGCCCAGGUUAACUCAAACAAGAUGAAGCGGUUGGAAUCGAAAAAAUCACAUUCCUGGCGGUGGGAUAGCCACAUCAGUCCCAAAAACUCCAAGUGGCUACAAGAAAAUCUUGAAGAAAUGGACCAUAGUGUCAAAAGGAUGUUGAAACUCAUAGAAGAGGACGCAGAUUCAUUUGCCAAAAAGGCCGAAAUGUAUUACAAGAAGAGGCCGGAGUUGAUCAAUCUUGUUGAAGAGUUUUAUCGUGUGCAUUGGUCAUUGGCCGAGCGUUAUGAUCAUGUGACUGGUGAACUUCGAAAAAAUAUUCCUUCAGAUCUUCAAUCUCAGGGCUCUGGCAUAUCUGAUGUUGGGUCCGAACCACCUUCAACUGUGCUGUCUCCUGAUCAAAGGCCAAUUCAACGUAAAUCUGGGCCACGUGCUGCUGGAUUUGAAUUCUUUCUCGGCACUGGUGGAAGUAGUUCGGAUUUAUGCACUAAAGGGGAGGAAUCAUCAUCGUUGGAUUCUGAAUCAGAAUCAGAUGAUUCAUCCGUUAAUAAUUAUUCAGGUACACAAAGCACUGAUGAGGAUCAGGGGUUGCGCCGAAGGAUUAUUGAGUUAGAAGCUGAGCACCGUGAGAUGAAAGAGAGACUCCGGAUGCAGCAGAAACAGAUUUCCAAAUUCUCUGUUAAGAAAGAUGAUGAAAAUUCUCAAGUUCUUGCUAAAUUAGUAGCAUGUGAAGAAGAAUUGAGUGCUGCAAAGGAAAAGAUACGACUAUCUCAAGAAGAAAUUAAUCUUCUGACAAUUGAGAUUCAAAAGUAUAAAUCUCUAGAAGAUUCAAGUGAUAUGAAGCAGAAAGAUGCUGAAGUUUUGAAUCCCGAUAUUGAAAUUGAAAGAUAUCAGACGAGAGAGCUUCAGAAAAAUGGAGACGGAUCAGAGCUGGAAGAUUCAGACACAGUGAACAAAAUACAGAAGCUCGAGGAUGAAUUGAGAAUUACACGAGCUAAGCUUUGUGAAUUGGAAAAGGAAGUUGCCAGUGCAAGGCAGGAACGUACGAAAAAGGACUCCAGCAUUCAAAAUUUGCAAGAUCAGCUCAAGUCAGCGCAGAAGGAGGUUUCUGUAUGGAAAACCAAAGUCGAGAGAGAGAAAAGAGAGGCUUCUAAGCUGCAGGACAGGAUUUUGAGGUAUAAAUCCAAUCUUGCUGACCGUGAUCAAGAAAUCAGAGGAUUGAAAGAAGCAAUAAACAACGCUAAUAAGAGCUUAUCAGACGAAAAUGAGCAACUUUUAACAGAAAUCACUAGAACCGUGAAGGAGCGAACUUAUUUAGAGGAUAAUCUAAAAGAAUUGGAUUUACGCUGCCAAAACUUAGAGGAGGACUUUAGGCGAGUCAAGGCUGGAAAAGAAGAGAUGGAAAAUAUGCUUGGAUCUCAAGUUGAGGAGUUGAAGGCAGAGAUAACUGAGAGAAAUGAUCACAGAGAAGAAUUAAAGAAAAGCUUCGAUGUGCUGAAACUGAAAUACGGCAUGCUGAUGGCGGAAAAAGAUGAUCUUAAUGCUAAGAUCGAUGCACUUUCUGCAGAGAUGAGUUCUAAAGAAGAUCAAGUGGAUAAGAUCAACGUUGAUUUGAUUGGUGCACGCGAAAUGGCAGAGGAUCUUCGAUCACGAGUUAAAGAAUUGGAAAUGGAGGUGGAGAAAAGGCAAGAAAUUAUCAUGGAAGGAGCGGAAGAGAAACGAGAAGCAAUAAGGCAGCUUUGCUUCUCACUUGAGCAUUACCAGAGUGGUUAUCAUGAACUUCGCAAGGCUGUUACAAGGCACCAGCGAUUACCCGUGAUGGCAUCCUAAGUUGCUAAUAGCUAAAGACCGUCGCGUUUCUUUGGUUUCCAUGCAUUCGCGCUUGUGAGUCUCUCUUUUCUUUCUUUUAUUAUUAUUUUUUAUUUUUGGUUAAACUCCGCGAGUUCUAUGGCUUGUGUACAAUCCCAUCUUCUAUUCUUAACAGUUUUUGAGCUCUCUGUAAGUGAACAAUUGUAAUACAGGUGCCUGUCCAUUCAUGAUAUGGUUACUCUCGUCUACUCAAUUUGUUCA